AGCAGUCGCCCUGCUAUAGAUUUUUUUAUCCAUGCCCGGGAUAGAACCAAAAACAGCCAGCUUAAUGGUGAAACUAGGUGAUGAAUUAAUCAUGAUGAUUGUGGUCAAGAAAAUUUAGGAUUUAAAAUGGGUUUUUUUACUUGGAGCAGGCAAGCUUGGAUAAACAGUGUUAGUACUAAGAAUCGAGACAUUUUAGAACUCCUAAAAUAUUCUUUCAACACUGAAAGUACAAUAUUAAGCCUAUGUUAUACAGACUCUUUUAUACGGUCAUGGUAUGUGAAAUGUAGAAAUAUUUCAGCGAUAACGUUAAAAAACUACACUACCUUACCAAAUACACUAAAUUGGUUCUUAAUUUCAAAACUUACUUACUUAAAUAUUGAUGAUAAGAUAAAAAUUAUUAAAUUAUUUUCUCACGAAGUGAAGCAAGAUCCAUGCAUGAGUAUAAAUACACGAUAAAUUUGACCUCAUUAUUCAUUCCUAGUUUCUUAAUAGACAUAAUAUCGAUAAUGAUUUUCAAAGUCAUCAUUUUCUACGUUUUUGCCUCCUUGACCCAGAGUAUCACUGCACAAAGCGGUGGCUGCAACUGUAGAUCGAUAAGCAUACCCAACAGCGGCGGCGCCCUGAACAUACAGGCUAUCGGUCCCGUGGUGCCGUCCGGCAUCGCCGUCGCCACGGACCUGGUCCUGUCCGGUGACCUGGACCUGUCCGGCACAUUGCCGUACCUGAGCGCGGUGGCGUUCGAGGGCCAGUUCGAUACCACUGGCUCGACGCCGGUAUCAUAUGGAUGCGGGGACUGCGUCGCCAUUACCAAGCAGUUCGACGGCUUCAGUAACUAUGGAUGCGAACUUCUUCAUGUUAGAAAUAAAAAACUUCAACCAUAAA